CAAACUGGGAGAUCUCGACACCCCGUCCGCCUGCUUUAUGCGUUUGCUUCAUCGGACAGCCGUUCAAGUGCUUUACGACCAGAGAUCAUGGGAGGCUGUUGAUAUCUGAGACUGCCAUUAGCUAAAGGGAACUCAGGAUUACAGCCUGAAGACACAGGUUGGCACACAGGAAAAGGACCAACAAUGGCCGCCCAUCGAAUCAGAGCAACCACCAAUAACAACAUAUCUCUCCCUCGCUGCAAGUCAGAGGGGACACUCAUUGAUCUCAGCGAAGGAGUGUCAGAAGCCAGUCUCAAUGAUGUCAAAGUGCCUUCUCCCAGUGCCUUACGACUGGAUGCUACUGCCUCCUUCGGCACUGCCAGGGAAGUUGUUGCCAUUAAGGAUUAUUGUCCAUCCAGUUUUACCACUCUGAAAUUUUCCAAAGGGGAUCGUCUCUAUGUUCUGGACACGUCAGGAGGAGAGUGGUGGUAUGCCCACAACAACACAGAGAUGGGUUACAUCCCUGCAGCUUAUGUACAGCCUGUCAACUAUAGAGACUCCUCCUUCAGUGACAGUGGGAUGAUUGACACUAUUGGAGACUGUAAUGAGGAAGCAGCCAAAGAAAUGGACCUUCUAGGAGAGUGGAUCGGGGUAAUACUGAAACCAACCUCCCUCCAAAAUGGAAAUCCUUUUACAGCCUCCCACACUUCUACCAAUCCUUUCCUCAAUGGUGGUAAUCAAAGCUCACUUGAUCAAAACAGUAAUGAGAAAUCAGUGGAUCUACUUCUGUUUGACUCCCUGGCUCCCUCAGCACCAAACUCCACCAGCAGCACUGUCAACGUCAAUGGUUUUGGCAGUAGUAUUUUUGACUUGAACCCCAUUAGUCCCAGUGUAGGAGUGGGGCAAACGUUGCGCAGGGACAACCCAUUUUUUAGGAGUAAACGGUCCUACAGUCUUUCUGAGCUUUCCAUACUUCAGGCUCAGUCUGACACUCCUCAGGUUUCCACUGGUUUCUUUGGAGGCCUGAAAGCCCCAGCACCAGAGCAGUUCCAGAGCAGGGAGGAUUUCAGAACCGCUUGGCUCAAUCAUCGUAAGCUGGCCAGAUCGUGUCAUGACUUGGACUCGUUGGGUCAGAACCCAGGCUGGGGCCAAACACAACCAGUGGAGACCAACAUCGUGUGUCGGCUUGACAGCUCUGGGGGGGCUGUCCAGCUUCCAGACACCAGCAUCAGCAUCCACGUACCUGAGGGUCAUGUAGCUCCUGGAGACACCCAGCAGAUUUCUAUGAAAGCUCUGCUAGAUCCACCUCUGGAGCUCAACAAUGACCGCUGCACUACCGUCAGCCCUGUGGUAGAGAUCAAACUCAGCAACAUGGAGACCAAAACCACCAUUACCCUGGAAAUGAAAGUGUCAGUCGUGGUGAAAAUGGAGAGUAGACAGACAACAGAGGUCAUAUGUGUCAGGAGUGACUGUAAAGAGGGCCCUUACACGCCAAUUCCCCAGGCAUACAUGUAUGGAGACACAGUCCAGGUGUGCCUGGAUAACCUUGAACCAUGCAUGUAUGUGUGUGUUGUGGCCCAGUCCCAGUCGGUAUCACCAGACUCCACAGUUUGGGAGCAUGUAGUCAAAAAGAUCACCCUAGGAGUAUAUGGUCCAAAGCAUAUUCACCCAUCCUUCAAAACUGUUGUGGCUAUUUUUGGCCAUGAUUGCGCCCCAAAGACAUUAUUGGUCAGUGAGGUAGGAAAACAGGCACAGUCUGCUCCACCAGUGGCUUUGCAGUUAUGGGGUAAACACCAGUUUGUCCUGUCCAGACCUCAGGACCUCCGCAUUGGGGUUUACUCCAAUAUGGCCAACUAUGAGGUAAAGGCGAGUGAGCAGGCCAGAGUGGUCAGAGGUUUCCAGGUGAAACUGGGCAAGGUUAGCAGACUUGUCUAUGUUAUUGCUUCACGCAACACUGAGGAUGUUUCAGAUUUCACCUUGAGAGUCCAGGUCAAAGAUGACCAAGAUUGUAUAGUGGCCCAGUUUUGCGUUCAGACACCAACACCGCCGCCCAAGACAGGUCCAAAGACAUCAGUUCAAAGGCGCUUCCUUAAGAAGAAGGAAGUGGGUAAGAUCCUCUUGUCUCCUCUUGCCAUUGCCACCAAGUAUCCUGUUUUCCAGGACCGGAGAAUCAACAACCUGAAGUUUGGAAAGCUAAUCAAGACAGUCAUCCGCCAGACCAAAAAUCAAUACCUAUUAGAGUACAAAAAAGGAGACUUUGUCGCUCUCUUGAGUGAGGAGAAGAUCAAGCUGAAGGGUCAGUUGUGGACCAAAGAAUGGUACAUUGGAUAUUAUCAGGGUAAGACAGGGCUUGUCCAUGCAAAGAAUGUUCUCGUGGUUGGCAAAGUUAAACCCAUUUACUUCAGUGGGCCUGACCUGACCACUACAAUGUUACUGGAGCAGAUACUUAAGCCUUGUAAAUUCCUCACAUACAUCUACGCCUCCGUUAGAACUAUACUGAUGGAGAAUAUAGGCAACUGGAGAGCAUUUGCAGAUGCCCUCGGUUACGUCAACCUGCCCUUGACCCAUUUUUGCCGUGCUGAGCUGGAUAGCGAACCGGAGAGGGUCGCAUCUGUGCUUGAGAAGCUGAAGGAAGACUGCAACAAUGCAGAGAGCAAGGAGAGGAAGUCCUUCCAGAAAGAACUCCUGACUGCUCUGUUAAAGAUGGACUGCCAGGGCCUGGUGGCCAGGCUGGUCAUGGACUUUGUGCUGCUGACCACGGCGGUGGAGGUGGCCGGGCGCUGGAGGGAGCUGGCCGAGAGGCUCGCCAAGGUUUCCCGCCAGCAGAUGGACGCCUAUGAGGCUCCGCACAGGGACAAGAACGGGGUGGUGGACAGCGAGGCCAUGUGGAAGCCGGCCUAUGACUUCCUGGUCACGUGGGCGGCGCAGAUCGGCGACAGCUACAGGGACGUGAUCCAGGAGCUGCACAUGGGCCUGGACAAGAUGAAGAACCCCAUCACCAAGCGCUGGAAGCACCUGACCGGCACGCUCAUCCUGGUCAACUGCCUGGACGCCCUGCGGAGCUCCGCCUUCUGCCCCGCCGCCGCUCAGGACGACUACGCCAUCUAAGCUCGGUUUCUCUUCCCUUCGGAUUCUUGCUGACGGUUUUCUCCGAAAGCUUCACCUCGCUCUCCCGGGGGCAUUUUCUACAUCUUGCCGUUUGAGAUGCUGCACAACAGCUGUCCGCUUUCCUCUCGAUGCCACUACUGCUGUUCUCCUCAGUGUUUCUGCCUUCAGCUCCUCACACCCAGGGGAAUGUCGCUAGACUGCCCAUGUCUCUGUGGUCGCCAGCCAAACUACACGAUGCUGUAUGUAGCUCUCAGUAUUCACAAAGACUAUUUUAAUAGUUCUUGUCUUGCAUAGUAUGUAUUUUUGUACUCUAAAUAUGGCACAGCGUUUUUUUAAAAGCAACACUUUGAACCCUUUGAUUGAGAACUGUUAAUUGAAUGCUAAAAAAAAAGAGACACUUUUUAAAGAAAAGACACUUUUAAAUAUUGGUUAUCCUUGUUACAGUAGCCUUGUCACGUAUGUCGAAACCAGUUAUGUAUUUAUUUAUAUAUGGGUCUAAACAGAAAACACACUAUUAUUGUUCAGGGUCCCUCUCACUGUGGUCCUUUCUCAGAUGUUCACAUAUUUUGGUUACAGUCCAUGAUUUUUUUUUUUUUUUUUUUUCUUGAAAGACUGUCCUUCAUGUGCGCAUUAACCAUUUCAAAUAAUUUAUUGAUGUUUUUUCAAUGUUUUAUCAAGCUCCUCACAUUACAGGCAGUCCUUAUCCACACACUUCACAGACCCUUCUAGACUGUAUUUCUUUUUUUUUUCUUUUUCUUUUUCUUUUUUUUUUUUUUUUUUGUUAACUUUUGGAGGUCAUUUUUAACCAAAGCUUGUCAAAAAUUAAUCCAGCUCUGUGUGGCACACUGAUGAGCUAUAGUUCAAUGUCAAAGCCACUGUUGUAAUGACACUGUCAAAGCUUCUGGGUGGGUUUUGUCUCUGUCUGUGUGACUCAGUGCCGCGUACUGUAAAGCAUACCUGUUACAUGUCCAGUGGUGCGUUUGAAAACCAUCUUUGGCAUUCCUGUUUUGUUUUUUUUUUUGU